GAAAAUGACUUCCGUGCCAAUCUGAAAGAGAAUGUCUGCCCUUCCAAAAUCAAAAUUGGAUCACAAGACGGAUUAGGUUCCUCCAGUCAGAAAGAGGGUGUAGCAUCACAAUCCAGCGGUGCAAGUUCUCUGGCAGCCAACCAAAAGGCUUCAAUUGUUGACUUGUCCAAUCAGAAAUCGUCCAGAAGCCAGUCCACCAAAGAGAAGGCGGUAAAUCCAGAGGUCUCGCCCAAUCAUGCAGCACUGUACAUCGAUGUUUCCUCGCAACUCAAGGCACCCUACUCUCAAGAAUCAUUCGCAGCAAGUCAUCUCUCGCAACCCAAAGCAUUGUCUUCCCACACACAUGGGGCAGAGAAACUGUCUCAAGCACACUACUCUCACGAGUCUGGGGUAUCGGACCAAGUGUUUCAAUGUAAAGCCACUUUCUCACCAGAGAUAUGUGGCUCAAGCCAGACAUCACAGACGGACCUGAUAGCCGCCGCAGUCACGGCAGUGCAUGUUAUAGGCAAGCCCACAGCUCUGCACCCGGUGCAAAAGAAAACGGAAUAUGAGACGACACACUAUACCGACGAGACAGACAGACAUACAGGCGGCUUUAAUGGAAGCAAUCAGGGCAUACAAAGUAACGCUCACGAACAACAACACAUAGACAACUACAACAACAACACUGACAGUAUUCAGGGUGAACACAGUAACGUUCACGAACAACAUCACACAGACGACAACAACAACAACACUAGCAGCAACCAGGGUGUGCAAAGUAUCGUUUACGAACAACAUCACACAGACAACAACAACACCA